AUACAUGAGGGCCCUGGGUGCACUGUAUCUGAGGAUUGUUGGUACUUCUGUUGAAUGCUAUAAAUACCUUGAGCCUCUUUAUAAUGACUACCGGAAAAUAAAAUAUAAAAAUAGACAAGGAAAGUUUGAAUUAUCUCAUGUUGAUGAAUUUGUUGACAGUUUACUGCGAGAGGACAGAGUCUGUGAUGUGAUAUUACCACGAAUACAGAAGAGACAUAUUUUGGAAGAAACAGAGCAGCUUGAACCAAGAGUGAGUGCUCUUGAUGAUGAUUUAGAUGCUGAACUAUCGGAGGAAGAAGAAGAGGAGGAGGAGGAGGAGGAGGAGAGGGGAAAGAAGAGGUCCCCCUCACCCGAGAGAAGAUCAAGAUCAGCUUCACCUCACGUCAGAUCAAGAAGACGUAGCCGAAGCUAUUCUCCUAGAAGGAGGCGGAGCUUAUCAAGAUCUUAUACUCCUCCAGACAGACACAGAUACAACAGAAGAGCCUCAUGUUGCUGUCCAAGCCUCAGCUCACUGGGAUUAAAGGAAUCUCAGGGGGCCCCCUGACUCAUAUUUCUACACUGAUCCAAAGGGUCUGGUGUGGGACAGUAGAUUGGGUCACUGGUCUAAAGAUGAACUGGGGUCUGAUCUCAGUGUGGGGAGACUGCACACUGAUCCCCAUGAGUGCUACAGUUCAAUGAUCAUUAGGAGCCCUAGCCCUGAGACACGUACCACUGGAUACACUAGACCUUCAUCUCAGAUCAGCUACUUAUCAGAGGAUCUACAGACCAUACCAUCAGUUGAAGUAAGAGCAGCAAUAUAAGUACCUGCAGCCCCUCUGGAGGAGGUGUGUGUGUAUAAGUAAUGUAAUACCUGAGGACUGAGAUAUCUGCUUGAGGUGAAGCUGAGG